AUGGUAGGCGCUACCACUGCUGCUGCUAACGCAGCAAAGCAAGCCGCUGCAAAAAUGCACCGUCGCUCACGAACAGGGUGCUUCACAUGCCGCCUGCGACGCAAGAAGUGCGACGAAGGAAAACCAUCCUGUCGCGCCUGUAAACACCUUGGUCUCAAGUGUGAAUAUAAGAGGCCCAUGUGGUGGAGCAACAACGAGCAGAGGCGCAACCAGAAAGAACUCAUCAAAAACAUCAUCAAGCGCACAAAGCUCAAUGAGAAGACUGCACAGGGCGCUGCCAUGGGCACAAACACUCCACCAAGCCUCUGCCACUCCAUGCAGACUGCCGACACAUUCUCAGACGGUGUCAGCUGCACAAGAGCGCCUUCUGUCGAUUCGCAGAACUCGCUCGACUACAACUUCAACCCAGCCCCUACCACAAUCGACUUCUACAACUCCACAAUGCCUCCACCCAGCUUCCCCCCCAGCUUCGCCCACCCAGGACACUAUGUCCCAUACGACAUUGACAUCAAGACCGAGAGCCAGAUGUUCAUCAACGACAUCCCAACUCGACGCGAUUCUACCAUCUCCUCCUACAGCCACUACCAAACACCUCCAGCAUACCCCUCAGACAACUGGAUUCAACAAGACUACUUUGAGCGCCGCGAAUCGUUUACAGAGGAGCCCCUUGAUUUCCCCAUCUUUGACUACAACACGUAUGGCACUUUCAGUCCAUCACACCAGCCAUCCAUUCAAGUGGAUGAUUGCGACCGCCACCUGCUCAGCCACUUUUUGGAGAACAUCAUGCCCUCUGCCUUUCCUGUCCUGGAAACCAACCAACCUGGCGCAGCGCAGCGCGAUGUCAUCAUCCCAGCACUCGAGACCAACAAGGCAUAUCUACACUGCUGCAUGAGCAUAUCCGCACUACACAUGAAGACCACUCAGGGGCUCACUGGAGAGCAGAUUGACCUAGACAUUCAGCGACACCGCGGUGAGACCGUCCAGCAGCUCACCGCUGCGCUCUACAGUGACAGCAACCACGGCCAGACCCUCGAGGCUGCGCUCGGCAUGAUCUUUUUCCAGUGCUCAGUCGGUCGAUUCAACGACGGUCUGAUGGACAUCCCAUGGCAUGGCCACUUUGAAGCCGUCCAGAACCUUGUUCACAGGCUGGAGCUUCCUGCACAGAUGAUUGCACUGAACGGCCAGGCACACGCUCAGCCACCCUUCAACAUGACACUGGCGUCCUGGAUCGACAUCCUCGGCGCUACGAUGCUGGGCAGGACGCCAUCAUUCGCUGACACUUACCGGGAGAAGCUUAUUGCAGAUGCGUCUUCCGGCCUCGCAGAACUCAUGGGAUGCGAAGACCGCAUCAUGUAUCUCAUUUCGGAAAUCGCCUGCCUCGAAGCGCUCAAGAAUGAGAACAUGGAUAUCGUGCAGCUUUGCGCUCACAUCAAGCUCCUUGGCGAGCAGAUUAGCUUGACCGAGCCGCCCCAGGGUUCGCUCAACAGCGCCUACUCGUCUACUGGUGAGAUUCUCCCACGGCAGCUUCGCCGCAACAUGACUGCAGUGUACCGUCUAGCCGCCCGCAUCUACCUUUGCAGCCUAGUGCCUGACUUUGACCGCACAUCACCCACCUUUGUCAACCUGGUGAGUGCUCUCUGCAAGGCCAUGGAGUAUAUCCCCGCUGGCCCUGACGGCUUUGACCGUUCUCUGAUUUGGCCACUUUUGGUCGCUGGCUCCAUCUCGGUGCCACAGUCUGGAUUCCGCAAAAUGUUUGCUGAUCGCUCUGCCAUGCUGGGCGAGGCGGCAAACUUUGGAUCGUAUGGAAGAGUCAAAAAUCUUCUCCACGAAGUGUGGAAGGCCAACGACGACAACCUGGCAAAGGGCAACACACAGAGUGUUCACUGGCGGGACAUGAUGCGACAGAAGAACUGGGACUUUUUGCUCAUCUGA